UUGGCCGACAGGGGGCAGCCGACUACACCACUGGUCUGAAAUCUACUUAUGGACCUGGCAGAAGCCUCAAGAACAAGUCGCUGUAGACCAGCUGUUAUAUGAAAACAGCUGGGCGAUCAGGGCGAGAACAGAUAAACAACAAUACAACGAAAACCCAUUUUUCAUACACCAAAAGGCUUCAUCUGUGUGAGCAGGCAGGAUGGCAGGGGCCGAGGUCUACGGCCCUGUUAACCCCUCCUGCAAGAUCAUGACCUUCAGGCCCACCGUGGAGGAGUUCAGAGACUUCAACCGCUACCUGGCCUACAUGGAGUCACAGGGGGCGCACCGCGCUGGCCUCGCCAAGGUGAUUCCUCCUAAGGGCUGGCGUCCUCGGUGUAGCUAUGAUGAUAUUGAUGACCUGGUGAUCCAUGCCCCGAUACAGCAGAUGGUUGCUGGCCAGUCAGGCCUGUUCACUCAGUUCAACAUCCAGAAGAAACCACUCAGUGUGAAGGAGUUCAGACGCCUCGCCAACAGUGACAAAUAUUGUACUCCCCGCUACCUGAACUAUGAGGACCUGGAGAGGAAGUACUGGAAGAACCUGACCUUCGUAUCUCCCAUAUAUGGAGCUGACGUCCCCGGGAGCCUCUAUGACGAGGGUAUAGAGGAGUGGAACAUCGGCCACCUCAACUCCAUCCUGGAUGUGAUUGAAGAGGACUGUGGUGUUUCUAUCCAGGGGGUUAACACACCCUACCUGUACUUUGGCAUGUGGAAGACCAGCUUCUCCUGGCACACUGAAGACAUGGACCUUUAUAGCAUCAACUACCUGCACUUUGGAGAGCCCAAGUCCUGGUAUGCCAUCCCCCCUGAACAUGGGAAGAGACUGGAGAGACUGGCAACAGGUUUCUUCCCCAACGGGUUUAAAGGAUGUGAGGCGUUUCUCCGUCAUAAGAUGACCCUGAUCUCCCCGUCCAUCCUGAAGAAGUACAGCAUCCCCUUCGACAAGAUCACCCAGGAGGCAGGCGAGUUUAUGAUUACCUUCCCCUAUGGUUACCACGCUGGCUUCAACCACGGCUUCAACUGUGCCGAGUCUACCAACUUCGCUAGUGUCCGAUGGAUCGACUACGGCAAGGUGGCCACUCAGUGUACAUGCAGUAAAGACAUGGUGAAGAUCAGUAUGGAUCCCUUUGUGAAGUGGUUCCAACCGGACCGUUAUGCUGUCUGGAAGCUGGGGAAGGACUCCUGUCCUCUGGACCACACCCGAGCCACGCCCGCCACCACCCCAGAGCUGCAGAACUGGCUACAGCGCAGCCGGGUCAAGACUCCUGUCAGCAGCAGCCUCCCACACCCACGGACCAGAUCCAAGCGCCUGAGGACCAGCGAGGAGCCUGUAGCCCUGGAAGGGUGCUCUGUCCUGGGUAGGAGGAGAGGCCUCGGAGGCACCCUGGGUCCCAAGGUCCGGAGAGGUUGCAGGGCUGGGGAGGAUGAGGAGGAUGAGGAGGAAGGAGAGGGAGAGGAUCACACUGAGAAUACACUCCGGCUCCCUGGUCCUUGCCGGCAGAUGUGUGUGGUGAAAGUCAACAGAAUGGAAGUGGAGAGUGACCGGUUGGCCUUCCCCUGUCCUCCUGAACCUCUGCGCCCCUCGUCUUUCCCCUCUCCCUCUUCCGACUUCUCUUCUCUCUCCUCACCCUCUUCCGUCUUCGCUUCUCGCCCCUCUCCCUCUCUGACCCCUGUCUCAGUGGACACCACAGAACAAGGGACAGGGGUAGGGACUCACCCCUCACCCCAUCUGCAUCCCACUAACCCCCCACAGAACCCCUCAGGGUCAGAGUUCGCAGAGGUCAUUAAAGGACCCCAUCAGAGGUCCGAGGCUGCCCCUACACCUGCCCAAUCAGAAAGAAGAGAAAUCCCCGGAGGACCGUUUAAGUCAGUAUGUAUAGAAUCUACUCCACUGGGACUGGUCCCUGAGGACUGCUCUAUGGAUGUCCACCCCUCUCCAGAUCCCUUACGGACCAGGUUACCUUCCCCCAGAACGGUGCACCCGACUGGGGCUCAGGGGUGUACGGACUCAGCCUGUGGCCCUGGAGCUUUUCAAUCAAGCUCUUCUUACGUAGAGAAGUCGUCUCUAAACCUAACCUCAACCCUAGCCCCCAGCACUGAGUAUAAAAUGGACACAUGUCAAGGUACUGCAGUUAAUACUAACACUACUACUACUACUACGACGCACAGCAGUCACAACUCUGAAAGCAGAACACCAGCACUUUAUAAUGACAUUUCCACUAAUACUGACUCUGGGCCCAGAGGAUGUGUUAUUUCCAGCCCUAGUUCUGGUCCAGCUAACUUGUUCAGGUGUAGUGAACAAAACUGCACUCCUAUUGAAAACUGUUCCUCUCUUCCUAUGUAUACUACACACAACUGUGUCCCCAUACAAAACCCUUCGCUUCCAAAGUGUAGUUUACAAGACUGUUCCCCUCCUCUCCUCCAGAGGAACAACGGGGUCGACAUGCCCUUCCUCACUCCAGAACUGUCUGGAGAGAUGAGGUUCUGCCCGCCCCUACCGCCUGUUCUCACCCAGGAGAUGCCCUCCCUCACCCUCGCCGUCAGCGGAGGUCACACUGAGGUCAAAGGUCCGAGGUCGUCGUCCUCCUCCUCCUCGACUGGCCCACAUGGUGGUGCUCUAACCUUACCGGAUUUACCGGACAGUCACCCGGUCCUCGAAACAGAAACGUUAACGGACGAGGUGUGCGAGGUCGAGUUGGCGUCAAAGAAGUCAGAGGAAGAGGAUUUUCGACCGUUAGCGCUUUACAGCGACUGGUGCUUGGGUUCUACUGAAGACCACCAUAGACCAGAGCUGGAUUUACAGUUAGCGGCUUUCGUGGCUAAUGCAACUAGCAACGCUCGGCCCAAAAUGGCCCCCUCUCGGCACUCUGGUCCUACUGAAGACCACCAUAGGCCAGAGCUGGAGUUACAGUUAGCAGCUUACGCGGCUAGUGCAACUAGCGACGCUCAACCCAAAAUGGACGCCUCUCUGCACAAAAUGCCCGCCGCCGCUUCCCAUCUAGAAGCACUACCAAUCCAAACAUUGUCUGAGGCAGUACUGACCACCGAGAACCACUGUAGUCGAACCUCCACGGAGAUCCAAGCUAGCAAUAAUAACCACAUGCUCUGUGACGUUACACUACUGCCAACGCAGCAAAUCCACAAACACAGGUCCUCGACGGCAACUGCAGCAGUAUCCAUGGACUCCAACUCAGAAGGAUCCUCUCAAAGAGACAAUGUAUUUAGAGACUCCAGUACUAAGGGUUUAUGUCUAGCUAGCACCAGUUUGACUUCUAAAGAUAAGUUGGCCCACUCUUCUGAGCUGAGUGAAUUAAAUGACCAUUCAGCAACACUACAACACCAAAACAACAACGACCAAACUCCACACUCAAACAUGGAUGCCGUUUGUAGUUCCCAAAACGUGGAAUCCAUUUGUAGUUCCCGAAAUGUGGAAUCCAUUUGUAGUUCCCAAAACGUGGAAUCCAUUUGUAUUUCUCGAAACAUGGACUCUGUUUGUAGUUCCCAAAGCCUCUACCUGGAGCCCAAACCUUUCUCAGACGGCAUCUGGAAGAACCUCAACUCCCAGAGUCCUGCGGUGCUCAUCGAGAGCCUCCACCACCCGGAGCUCCCCGCUGACUAUACCCAUGAUGCACUGCCAUACACCAUGUGGACCGAGCCGCAGUGCAAAGAGGUCACAGACCUCGAUCACGAAACUGAGACGGACGACCAGGACCCAGAGGGACAUGGGGACGGGCCUCUCACCUGGGCCCAGCUGGAGUCCACCUCUCUGGGGUCGGCCGGUGUCGGGGAGCCCCUGGGUCUCUGUGGAGACUUUGAGCUCCAGAGAGGGGAGGUGGAGGCAGCGGAAGCCCUGGCUCUGUGCAGGGAACUGGGGGUGGAGAGGGAGGCCGAGGGGGCUCUAGAACCUGACCCUCCUGAAUCGCCCUUGGAGGAGAGACUGGGGGAAGGAGAGGAGGAGGGGGUGUCGGAUAUGGAAGAGGGAGAUUCGGAGGAUGAGGGGCAGAGUAGCACGAGGGAGGAGAGUAGUAGUGAGUCAUCGGAAGGAGAGGCUGAAGAAGAAGAAGAGGAGGAAGAAGGGGAGGAAGACUAUGAUAAUGAUUUGAGCGACUUUGAGUGUGGCGACUUGGGGCUGGAACCUGGAGAGGUUUGCACUUACCCUGCUGCUCCACUGGUGAAGAGAACCAGUAAGAGCUGGCGUCGCCCUCUGAGGAAGCCCACCGCCCGGGCCGUGCCCUCCACUGUCAAACAACAGGCUGUCAGCGACGACGAACCCCCUGAGGUGUCUUUGAUAGAGGGGGAGGAGCAGGAGGCUGAGCCAUGGGCUAAGCCCCUCCUCUUCCUGUGGCAGAACAGGAAGUGCUACUUCACGGCGGAGAGAGAGUACAACGCUAACGCAGCCAAGAUGUUGCCGCACUGCGCUGUCUGCACACUGUUCAUGCCCUACUACCAGCCUGAGGACAGAGCUGAUCGCCUCAAGCCCGUCCCGUCCUCCCCUCUCCCGUCAUCCUCUCCCCCGUCUCCCACUACCUCCAGGACUAGAGGAGGACCAGGGGGUGUGAGGAGGAGCAAGCCCCUGCUCCCAGAGAUCUGUUUCAGCUACAGAGAGCAGACGUGUCCCCCUACCCACACCAACGCCCUGCUGCAGGAGGACGGCACCAGCCCACUGCUCACCUGUCAGGGAUGCUGUCUACAGGUUCACGCAAGUUGCUAUGGCGUUGCCGCUGAUGAUGUCAGCGAGGACUGGUCGUGUGAUCGCUGUGCGGACGGAACCUUGACGGCUGAGUGUUGUCUGUGUAAUCUGAGAGGAGGAGCUCUGAAGAAAACUACAGAUGACAAGUGGGCCCACGUGAUGUGUGCAGUAGCUCUAUCAGAGGUCUGGUUCAGGGAUGAAGUCAGGAGGAGUCCCAUUGAUACCAGCAGGAUACCCAUGCAGAGAUACAAACUGGCAUGGCUCCACACAGCCUGCAGGCGGGGCCCAAAUACACUCAGGACAUGUAUCAGGACAACACAGCCGAAGUGUAUCUAUUGCCGUAAGCGGUGUGUGAGGCGUGGCCAGGGUGGGGGAGGGGCAUGUAUCCAGUGUUCGUGCGGUCGAUGUCCCACCUCCUUCCACGUUACCUGUGCCCACGCCGCCGGGGUCACCAUGGAGCCGGACGAUUGGCCCUACGUGGUGUCAAUCACCUGCCACAGGCACCAAUCACGGAGCUCGUCUGCUCAGCGUUUAGCGUUUCAGAAGGACAUUGUCCUGGGUCAGACCGUCAUCUCCAAACACAAGAACCUGCGCUACUACAGUUCAAAGGUCACCCAGGUGACCUCCCAGACCUUCUAUGAGGUCAUGUUUGAUGACGGAUCCUUCAGCAACGACACCUACCCAGAGGACAUAGUGAGCAGGGACUGUGCCUGUCUGGGUCCUCCUGAAGUAGGGGAGGCUGUCCAGGUCAAGUGGCCUGAUGGACUCUUCUAUGGAGCCAAAUACCAGGGAUCAAACACCUCGUAUAUGUACCAGGUGGAGUUUGAGGAUGGUUCCCAGGUGGUAGCUAAGAGAGAGGACGUCUAUACUCUGGAUGAAGAUCUUCCCAAAAAGGUGAAAGGGCGACUCUCGACGGCAUCCAGCAUGCGUUUCCAGGAUGCCUUCUUCACGACCCAGGGAGAGAGGAAGAGACAGAGAACGCCCAACUCCCGUUUCCAGAAAGACUAUGUGGCCCUCCCAGGCCUCCUUACCGCCAGCAAGAGCACAUGGGAGCCCCGCAGCCCUAAAGGAAAAUGAUAGAGGGGUGGAGAGAUGGAUGGAGUGAUGACAAAUGAAUGCACUGAUGUAUGUGUGGGUGUAGCUGUGGGAUGUAAAGGUGUGUGUGUGUGUGUGGGUGUAGCUGUGGGAUGUAAAGGUGUGUGUGUGGGUGUAGCUGUGGGAUGUAAAGGUGUGUGUGUGUGUGUGGGUGUAGCUGUGGGAUGUAAAGGUGUGUGUGUGUGUGGGGGGGGUAGGAAAGCGGGCUGGGCAGAGGAGAAUUUUGAUUGGACUUGUGUUGUGGUGGUUGCCCAGUGCUUUCUCAUAAGUCAGGGAAUUCAAAACAAAAAAAAACAUUUGUCACCUGAUUGCGUUUUCUUUUUAUUAAUAAAUGACAAAAACACGUUUUUCUUUGUAUAUUACAAAAACAAACUGAGCUAUUUUUUUUCUAAACAAGCCUACAAUACAGUAGCGUUUUGGAAUCUGCUGUAUCUACCUGAUGAUUAUUUUGAAUAUGAAUGCAUCCCCAGUCCCAGGCUGUGCCCCAAAUGGCACCCUAUUUACUGUACUACAUUUGACCAGGGCUCUGGUUAAAAGUAGUGCACUUCUAUAAGGGAAUAGUGUGCCAUUUGGGAGAUAGUCCCAGUGUUUUCCCUCCGCAUGUUAGCUGUCGUCUGCUACUUCUUCUCCUCGGCCGCGUCUCCAUACUCUAAAAACAGCUUCCUCUCCUCGUUUCCUUGUAUACUCGUUUCCUUUCCUUUAUCCUCCAUUUGCACUGACCUGAAAGGUGAAAGCGAACUCACAAUAGACAUCAGCCAUUUUGAUAUUGCUUUAAUUUGUCCGGUCUUGCCAGAUCAGUACAGAUUAAGUAAAGGAGUUGAGGAAAGGAGACGAGAAGAGGAAGCAACUAGAUAAUUGAGUUCUCUGUCCUCUUAACAUGUGAAACAGAGUUGCUACUGUCGCUGUGUUGAAUAAAAACAUGAUUGUCUUAUUUAAUUUAAUAUUUUUAUUUAUUUUUGGGGCUUGCUUUAAAAAAAAGUAUUGCUAACUGCUGUAAGGAAAAAAAUAAAUUACUUCCAUGUC